AUGGCAGAUGCACCUCUACACAAGCAGUGCCACAUGUACACCAGGGAGCUCCACGACGUCGACCUCCACGGCAACCACAAGCUCCACGUCGUUUGCACAAGCAAGGGUGAAGACAUGGACAAGAUGUUGUCCACGCUCAGGAGGAAGCUCGACGGAAUACCCAUCAAACUAGUCGGUGUUGAUGUCGAGUACACACACUACAUGAAGCCACAGCGGGCAGCAGUGCUCCAGCUAUGCGUAGAAAAAGAAUGCCUUGUAUACCACAUCUCUAUAGCUAAAGACAUGCCAAUGGAACUAGACAAAUUCCUCAUGAAUGGUGAGUACACCUUCGUCAGAUUCACCAUUGAAGGAGAUAAAAGCAAGCUGAAGCUAUCUGGAUUGAAGAUCAACUCCGACAACUACAUUGAUAUUCAGGUGGAAUGGAAAGACCCAUACAAUAAAAAGGAGUUUGACUCUUUGGCUGAUGUUGCCGGCAAGAUGAUUGACAUUCACUACCAUGACAUGAAAAAAAAUUUAUCCGCAAGGAGGAUCAUACUCUGUGGGGAUUUUGCCUGCUGCCAGACAAUCUUAUCAAGUAUGCAGCAAUUGAUGCAUUCGCAACAUAUGAGUCAUGGAGAAUCAUCUACGAUGUCAUAA